AUGAAGCUGUGUCAUCUCUUCCUUUGUGCGCUCUCUCAGCUUGCCUUGGCUGCAGCACAGUCCACCUUCACCCCUGCUCGGCCUCCUGCUAUCCCACUGGCUGUCAAGGCUCCGUAUCUAAGUACUUGGCUCAAUGUUGGUAGUGAUGGCGGCAAUGGCGGUUACUUGGCCGGGGAGUGGCCCGUCUUCUGGAGUAAUCAAAUCACAGCUUGGACGGGCAUGAUUCGCGUAGAUGACACUACCUAUACCUGGAUGGGAGACCCUGGUCCACAGGCUGUUACACAGACUGCCUUUCAGUACACCUCCACUAAGAGUAUCUUCACGAUGGACGUGGCGGGAAAGGUUGAGAUGAACAUAACGUUUCUCUCGCCUAUCACACCGAAUGACCUCAAGAGACAGUCACUUGUAUUCUCUUAUCUGCAUGUAGAUGUCUCAUCUGUCGACGGCAAGGUGCAUGAUGUACAGCUGUAUUCCGAUAUCACAGCGGAGUGGAUUUCCGGAGACCGCAGCAACAUCGCUCAAUGGGAUUAUGGUCAAGCUGGCGAUGUUGCGUAUCACAGAGUCUACCGACAGACCCAGCAGCUGUUUUCGGAGGUAGACGACCAAGGUGAAUGGGGCUACUGGUAUUGGUCGACAGAUCAAGUUCAUGGCCUCACGUACCAGGCAGGCCCAUCUACAGAUGCUCGAAACACUUUCGCCGCCAACGGUAGUUUGCCUAAUUCCCAAGACACUAACUACCGAGCUAUCUCGGACAACUGGCCCGUCUUUGCGUUCGCAAUCAACCUUGGACCGGUCGAUGAAUGGGGAAGCGGCGUGCUCUUCUCGAUUGGUCUGACUCAGGACGAGGCAGUUCAAUAUGAAGGUGCCGAUGGAUAUGAUCCCGUUCCGUCUCUGUGGACCAGCUACUUUGAUAGUGAUCUCGCUGCUGUCGAGUUCUUCCACAAGGACUACUCUACCUCCAGUCAAUUGUCGACGGACUUGGAUAAUCAAAUUUCACAGGAUGCUAUAGCCGCCGCAGGCCAGGACUACCUCACCAUCGCGUCCCUCUCAGUGCGGCAGGCGUUCGGUGCGACUCAACUCUGUGGUACACCUAACACUACGUACAUUUUCCUCAAGGAGAUCUCCUCAGAUGGCAACAUGAACACGGUGGAUGUAAUAUUCCCGGCUCAUCCAAUCUUCCUCUACACGAAUCCGACACUCCUCAAGCUUCUCCUGGACCCGCUGUAUGAGAAUCAGGAGGCAGGGAAAUAUCCAAACUUGUGGGCCAUGCACGAUCUAGGAUCCCACUAUCCCAACGCCACGGGCCACCCUCAGGGCAAUGACGAGGAGAUGCCUCUGGAGGAGUGCGGUGACAUGGUCAUCAUGACUUUGGCUUAUGCUCUCCGGUCAAAGGACACGGCUUAUUUGAGCCAGCAUUACGCCAAGCUGGAGCAGUGGACCUCGUUUCUCCUUGAUGACUCGCUCUACCCGGCAAACCAGAUCUCUACUGAUGACUUUGCUGGCGCCCUUGCAAACCAGACGAAUCUGGCCCUGAAAGGCAUGAUCGCCAUCAAGGCCAUGUCGGUCAUCUCGUCCCUGACAGGGAACGAAGCGGACUCAAAGAACUAUUCGUCAAUUGCUCAACAGUACAUCAACGAAUGGGAGACCCUUGGUGUCGCUCAUGAUGCGAACCCGCCACAUUCAACUCUAGCAUACGGCUCGAAUUCCAGUUACGGCCUACUGUACAACUUGUACGCGGAUAAAGAACUAAGCUUGGACUUUGUUCCGUCCUGGGUGUACGACAUGCAGAGCACAUUCUAUCCGACCGUUGAGAACAAGUACGGAGUGCCUCUCGACACUCGACACACCUACACGAAGGCCGACUGGCAGCUCUUUACUGCAGCAGUCGCAUCGAAGAGCACGCAGCAAAUGUUCCUCAAGGAUCUAGCGACAUGGAUCAAUGAGACCCCAACCAAUCGACCGCUGACUGACCUCUAUGACACGGACACCGGGAAUUAUCCUUCAGGACUCACAUUCGUCGCGCGACCAGUCAUGGGAGGAGCAUUCGCUCUUUUGGCCCUCCCGUCCUAA